AACACGUCUGACAAGUGAUCAAGGUCGUGUUUGGAUUCAAUAAUUUUUUCCCUUUUUCUUCUUCUUUUGUAUCAUAAUAAAUGUCAACUUACUAUGAAGUAUUACAAGUGAGCGAAACAGCCUCAUUUGACCUUAUAAAACAACGAUUUCAAAAGUUGAUUUUACAACAUCAUCCGGACAAACGCACAAGUCAUGACGAUGAUACUCAGGCACAAAAGAUCCUAAAAGCAUGGGAAGUGCUGAGAGAUUCACAAAGUCGAAGACAUUACGAUAUUGAACUUGAAACUCAAAGAAAUAAAAAGGAUGUGGCCAUCAGUGCAGAAGUAGAUUUAGACGAGAUGGAAUAUAAUGAAAAGACUUUUUCGCUUGUUUGUCGUUGUUCAGGGGAAUACUUGAUCACAGAAGAUGAAUUAGAGGAAGGCAUCGAAGUCGUUGGUUGUAACAAUUGCUCCCUUAGGAUUCGAGUCUUGUAUGAUGUUGAAGAAGAAGAAGAAGCAGUGUAAAUAAAAAAAAAUUUUUUUUCUUCUCUUCCUCUUUUUCCCU